AUGGCAAAGCCACCCAGGCCAAAUUACGGGGAGCGAGUUCCAGUCCCACCCCCAAAGCACGAAAGCCAGUUGGGGGGGCCCUCCGCCCAGCAUGUCAGCCGGGCCCAACAAGCCUCUUGCUCGGCUCGCUGUGGGGGGAUCCUGGCCAGCUGCUCGUGUCGCGCCACCUGCGAGAACCUGGGAAUCUGCUGCCCCGAUUACUGGAUGUUCUGCGUGCAGAUCUCGCCCUCCUCCGGCACCCUGCUGGGCGGAAAGGAUUUCACCGUCCUGAACGUGACGCUUGAGACGGGCGUCCCGGUGACCUGCAGGUUCGCUGGGGCCACCCAGACCCGAGGAUACGUCGGCCAGGACGGGCAGCUGCACUGCGUCUCCCCUUUGCUCUACGAAAUCGGCCUGGUCAGCCUGGAAAUUUCUCUGGAUGGCGGGAAGACGUUUCCCUGGUCGGGAACUUGGACUUCAGUUCAUCACAAUAAGGUUCCCCUUUCCGAGAAGAGCAUGCUGAUCAACGAGACCAAGUGGCAAUACUACGGCACCCCGGGGACGGGGGGACACCUGGCCGUCAUCUGGAACUCACACGUGCUGCCCUCCAGCCACGUCCACCUAGAGGUUUGGGGAUAUCACGAAACAGGCAAGCCUUAUUCUGACAACUGGACAGCUGAGUGGAAGUACCUCUACUCCUUGGAGCGGAACUACCCUAAUCACGGACACUUCGCCUUCCUGCCUGCUCCCUCCGCUCAGCACGGGGGCUGGGAGAUGGGCGCGCUGAGGAUUUCAGCCAACGGUUCCUUGGAAGGGCAGCCGAACGUGGCUGCCAUCUGGAGCACGGAGCACGCCCUGGCCUGGCACCUGGAGGAGGCCUUCCGGAUGAACUCCGCCGCCUGGGCGGCCGCCAAGUGCCAACAGUGGGACAGGAAGGAGGCCGACCUGCCCAACUUCCUGGAGGAGAUCCCGGACUGUCCCUGCACUUUGGCCCAAGCCCGAGCUGACUCCGGCCGCUUUCAUACCGACUACGGGUGCGACAUAGAGAAGGGCAGCGUCUGCACCUAUCACCCCGGGGCAGUGCACUGCGUCAGGAGCGUCCAGGCCAGCCCCCGAUACGCCGCGGGGCAGCAGUGCUGCUACAACGCUUCCGGCGCCCAGAUGCUCACGGGGGACUCCAUGGGGGGCAGCACCCCGGACCGAGGCCACGACUGGGGAGCCCCUCCCUACAAGAAGCCCCCCCGCAUCCCGGGCUUCUCCCACUGGCUCUACGACGUCCUCAGCUUCUACUACUGCUGCCUCUGGUCCCACCACUGCGACGUCUACUUCAAGCACCGUCCCUCCAGCGGCUGCCAGAGAUACCGGCCGCCCCGAGUCGCUGCGGCGUUUGGGGACCCCCACUUCCUGACCUUCGAUGGCCUCAACUUCACCUUCAAGGGCCUGGGCGAAUACCUGGUGCUGGGAUCCAAGCGGACCUCCCUGAGCGUCCAAGGCAGGACCCGUCGGGCUCGGUUGCUCAACGGAGAGCCAGGGGCCGAAGCCAAAGUGACAGGCUUCUCAGCGAUCGCCAUGCGGGAGAAGAACUCGGACGUAGUCGAGGUUCGCCUUCCGGGACAUUCCCGACACUGGGAGGUGCUGCUGAAUCAAAAGGCCCUCAACUUUUCUGAACAAACCUGGAUGGACUUAAAAGGCCUCUUCCUCUACAGCAGCCCUGGGCAGAGCGUCAUGGCGAUGUUCUCCUCCGGAGCCGGCCUGGAGGUCAGGGGCCACGGAGGGAAGAUGCUGAGCCUGACCGCCUUGCUGCCGGAGACCUUCCUGAACCAGACGGAGGGGCUCUUCGGGCUGAUGAACGGCCAGUGGCAGGACGACCUGACCCUUCCCAACGGGACGGCCCUGGACGUGGCCAGCAGCGGCCCCCGGGAGCACUUCGCCUUCGGAGCAGACUGGGCGAUUACGAACGAAACGUCCCUUUUCACCUACGACACGCAGGACCUCCUGCACGACUUCGUCCACGGGCCGAAGCACAACUCCUCCUUCGUCCCCGUCUUCUCUCCCCCCGAAGACGCCGACGCUUCCCUCCUGCAGCAGGCGGCUGCCCUCUGCAACACUGACACCUUCUGCCGCUUCGACGUCCUGACGACCGGAGACUUGGCCGUGGGGAACAUCACUCGGCUGUCCCUCCACCGCUUCAGGAAUCUCCAAUACAACUUGCGGCCAGUGGUUUCCUGCAGCUGGCUGCCCCCGCCCUCCAACGGGGUGAAAGACGGAACCCACUACCUGGCCGGGUCUGAGGUCCGGUUCCGCUGCCAUCCUGGCUACAGGCUGUUGGGCUUGGCGGUCACGAGAUGCCAGGUGGACGGGACCUGGACGGGACAUACCCCCAACUGCAUCCCCAACGGAGAUCUCAUCCUAACGGCCGGGUUGAUCGUGGCCGAGACCUUUUGUGGCAAACGGGCACUGUGGACCGAAGCGCAAAGGGGGCAGGCCGUCCACCCUCGGUCCUGA